GACGACGGCAGUUCCUGUCCACCUGUCGGCUACGACAAACGCCGGUGCACCGAUAACGUCGUCGCGGCAAGAAACCCGCACGAUCGCACGUGGUCAUCUGCGCGCGCGCGCACAUUUACACGGACGGCACUUGUCGUACGAUAAUAGUAAUUAUUAGAUUAUUACUUUUCGCGAUCCGAUCUAUUAUAUAAUAAUAUUAUAAAUUAUAAUUAAAGACCGGCAGACAGGCUGGCUCGUAUCAUCGUUGCUGAUCAAUAACAAUAUCGCUAUCGUAAUAAAUUGUGAGUCCACCCCACUCGAGAGGCGAUUUAUAUUUUUUUCGCUCCCGAAAAUCACCGCUGUAAAUCGACUACACUAUAUAAUUGUACGAUAACACUAUAACGAUAACUGCAACGGUAAUAAAAUUUAUAAUUCCAUAGCAAAGAUAUACCGUUGCCGUGUCGCGUCGUAUAACGUCCGUCCCGCGGGAUACAUAUACACGCGAUUCUUGUCGUGCCGAAUUCGACGCAUCAUGCGGUGUCGUACCGCUGCCGUAGCAGCCGUCGGUGCCGCCGCGGCCGUGUUUUUGGCUCUGAUCAGCGCGGCCGACGCGGGCAGCUGUCUUGAAGCUAAGCUAUGCUGUCCCGGCCGCGACUCGGCGUGCGUCGUCCAGAAGACGCCCAUCAACGCCAUCAUCGAGGAUCCCACGGACAAGCCGUGCUACUGCGACCACGCGUGUCUCAAGCUCGGCGACUGUUGCACCGAUUUCAAACCCGCUUGUGGAGUGAUUGAUUGUGUGAUGUCAGAAUGGGAAUCAUGGAGUGAAUGUGAUACAGAAUGCGGAAAUGGCAUGAUGACAAGAAAAAGACAAGUGAUUAAGACACCAGUAAAUGGUGGCAAACAUUGCCCUUCAAUGGUACAGAAAAGGGCGUGCAUGGGAACCAGGUGUCCCAAUUAUCCUGGGAGUGCACUAAAAGAAACCGCCAUGUUGCUGCCUGCGUCUUUGGCAUCCAACCGUUUGAGUAAUGAGUCCCAAGAUAUACGUCACAAUUUAAAGUACCGCUUGUCAAAAGAACCAGUCGAUUUAGAUUCAAAGGAGUACUGUGUUCUUUUCGAGGUGAUGAAAGCGACCAAGGCCUGUAGAAAAGUGUCCGAAUACUCUUUGCUUAGAGAAGGUGAACGUGUGUGUGUGCGCUGUGACACACAGGUGAUGCGUCAAUCGCUUGGGUUCCGGUGCCCGGGCCAUGGGACAAUGGAUCGGGCGACGAGAUGGACCGUACUGUCGGCGCCCCAUUGUCAUGGCAAAUGGGUUCGUCUCGAAUCAGCGGGACAGCAGGACGGGCACUCGUGUCCGAUGUGUAAAAAAGGAGCGCAGUUCGUAUUCGUAUAAGCCAGCGACCGCUGCUCACCUACGUAUAAAAUAUAUUAUACGAAACCCCCUUUGAUUUUUUUUAUAUACAAAUAUAUAUAUAUAUAUAUAUAUAUACCUACACUCACCCCGUCAAUCUUCUUCCUCACUGCGACUACCCUAUACCACUUCCACAACAAAUUCGAAUACACGUCGUUGUACCACCAUAUAUAAAUAUGUAUAUGUGUAUAUGUGUGUGUGCGUGUGUGUGUGUGUGUGUGUGUGUGUGUGUGUGUGUGUGUAUGUUUGUGCUUUAUACGUUUUCAGCGUUUUCUUGAAAAGAAUAAUGUACAACAUAAUAAUUAGUAUAACAACAAUAAUACUACUUCGUACGACCGUAUUAUAUUUAAAUACAGGGUGAUCCAUUAAAAUAGAGCGCUUCGCUGUUUCUUAACAAAUGAAUAUAAAUUUGUGUGCCUCUUCCUUUCCCCAAAAAUGGGUUUGUUAGGUUUAUAAUUUUAAAAACGAACGCUGAAUAAAUAUAGUUUUUUUUUUUUUUGUGUAAUAAGUGUUUAAAGUCUGUGAGUGGACUAUAACUUUUACUAGAUACCAAAACCUUACUACUUUCCUCAAUAAAAACUUUAAAUACUUAUCAAUAUUCGAUAAUUAUACAACAAUUUUAAAAAGUAUUUUAUUUCUGAUAAUGAAAAUAUAAAUCGUUAUUAUAAUAAUUAAAAGUUUUAAAAAGUUACACCAUAAAAAAUAGUGAAAAAUUAAAUUUUUGGAAAAAUAUAAUGUAAUAAAUACAGAAAACUAUUUAAAAAUAUUUUAUAUUUUCAAAAACACAAAAAUUAGUGUAGCCAUAUAAAUGGAUCACUCCUCGUAUCAUAUUAUAGUAUUUUAUACAUUAUAUAAUAAAUACGAUAUACAUAACAUGUGUGUAUUCCAGGCAGAUAGAUUCUUACAUUCUUUUCGGUUGCUAUAAUUACAAAUACAUAUCGAUAUCCUUGACGUCAGGUGUUUUCAUACUUGGAAUUAUUAGUUAAUACCUAUUAUAAUUUUUGAUAUCUUAUAAUUCCCGUCAACCUCUCUCCGCUCAUGAAUUAUUUAUAUUUUCAAUAUUAUAUUGUUAUUAAUUAUUUCCAUACGAAAUUAAAUGUUGUAUAUGUCUCUUUUUGUUUUAAUAUAGUAUAAUACCUAGUUGUUAACGAAUCCAGACGUUCCACACGUAAAAUUUGUAAAUAUAAAUUAUAACAUAAUAAUAGUAAUUAAAUAUGUUUAAUUAUGAACCUAACUUAUUUUAAUAACUAUAUAUCAUUAGUUUAAAUAUUAGAUAUUAAUUAAAUAUAGUAUAUUUUUAUUUUCUGCUUUUUUAUUAGGUAUUAUUAUUUAAUUAUUAAUACACUCAUAAUAUUAUUAGCUUAUAUUUUUUUCUGUUUUUUUUUUCUAACUUUAUUAGUUUAGUUUUUUUAUCAGUUUAUUAUUAUCAUUGUUUGUAAAAUGAGAACAAAAUAAAAAGUAAAAAUCAUGUAA